ACUAGAUCGUUACAUUUAAAAGUGUGACUUAGUGCUGGAUGUCAGACACUUAGUGCUGGAUGUCAGACAGAAUAAGCCAUGGUUCUUGGUGUCUACUUGUGAGGAGCUCAUGCUCUGCCAGAUGUCUUGCUUUGAGACAAACACCGCUCAGGUCCUUGAAAGGUCCCUAAAGGUCUGUUGCUAUACCUAAGAAACGUCCCUAAGGUUACAGUCUAAUAUUCAAGCCCAUGCUCUUGACCUCAUGGCUACACUGGUACCUCAGGAAACCCCAGGUUGGUCUUACCCAGCUCUGCCUCACCAACUCCACCAGUGCUACUCUGGGAUGGGCUUUUGGUAUCAGUGUGCAGAGGAAAGCUGUACCCAGGCAUGUACACAUACCCACGAGAAGUGAGAAAUCUACCUUCAGCUGAUCUGGGUAAGCUUGUGAAUACUUUCUUCAGUUUUCUUCGACGCAAAACAGACUUUUUCGUUGGAGGAGAAGAGGGGAUGGCAGAGAAGCUGAUCACACAGACCUUCAACCACCACAAUCAGCUGGCACAGAAGGCCCGGAGGGAGAAGAGAGCUCGGCAGGAGACUGAGCGGCGGGAGAAGGCAGAGCGGGCAGCCAGGCUGGCCAAGGAGGCCAAGUCAGAGACCUCUGGGCCGCAGAUCAAGGAGCUGACUGAUGAGGAGGCAGAGAGACUGCAGCUGGAGAUUGACCAGAAAAAGGAUGCAGAAAAUCCUGAGACCCAGCUCAAGAAUGGCAGUCUUGGCUCGCCAGGGAAGCAGGAGGCUGAGGAGGACGAGGAAGAGGAGGAUGAGAAGGACAAAGGGAAACUGAAGCCCAACCUUGGCAACGGGGCUGACCUGCCCAAUUACCGCUGGACCCAGACGCUGUCAGAGCUGGACCUGGCAGUGCCCUUCCGAGUGAACUUCCGGCUGAAGGGGAAGGACGUGGUGGUGGACAUCCAGCGGCGGCACCUCCGGGUGGGGCUCAGGGGGCAGCCGGCCAUCAUCGAUGGGGAGCUGUACAAUGAGGUGAAAGUGGAGGAGAGCUCGUGGCUCAUCGAGGAUGGCAAGGUGGUAACGGUGCAUUUAGAGAAGAUCAACAAGAUGGAGUGGUGGAGCCGCUUGGUGUCCAGCGACCCCGAGAUCAAUACCAAGAAGAUCAAUCCUGAGAAUUCCAAGCUGUCAGACCUGGACAGCGAGACCCGCAGCAUGGUGGAAAAGAUGAUGUACGACCAGAGACAGAAGUCCAUGGGGCUGCCCACGUCGGACGAGCAGAAGAAACAGGAGAUUCUGAAGAAGUUCAUGGAUCAGCAUCCAGAGAUGGAUUUUUCCAAGGCCAAAUUCAACUAGCCUGUUUGCCUCUUGAAUUUGUAGGGCUGAGCCUCCAUCCACUUUGCUUCCUCACACGUCCCUGGAACCUGGGGGACCUCAGGAUUGGGGCAGGUAUGGGACUGGCCCAGGCACAUAGGUCCCAGGGCAUCAUGGGAGAAGGACUGGGGCUUUGGGGUGGUCUUGUCCUCCCCAGUUGGCCUGCUGUUACACAUUAAAACUAUUUACCCA